CCAAUUCACUAAGUCAGUUCGAUGGAUGUGUUCAAAUAAUUAAAAUCGAAGUUUGUUAAUAAACUAAACGAUACAUAUAAGCAAAGUAUGUGUGAUCACCGCUUAUACCGAAGACAAAUGAGAUAUCACGUUAUUAAAGUGAUUACGCCUAAAUUAAAGCCUGCUAAACAAAGCCAUGUCGACAAAAUUAUAGCCCUGUCGUAUCGUCUUAGAGAUGCUCAUGUUAUAUGGCAAACGGCUGAAAAAGCAUCGUUGAUAAACAACGCAUACACCACAUGGAAAUUUUGCGUACUACUGCAUAAAGUCUUGCGUCUGGGGCCAAAAGAAGUUAUUCGUGAUUCUUCAGAUUAUUUUUCUCUAAUUCAAUCAAGUUUGAUACGUUGGGAAAAGCAAAACAAUUUAAUCUAUUGUUGCAUUGCGGCAUAUUGGAAAGUCUUGUAUGGAAGAAUUUGGUUUUUGUGCAACUACGAGAACUUUACAAACAAAUUAGAUUGUGACCUAUCGCACAUCGAUGACUAUGGUGAAAACUGUCGUAUUUCAUUACUGUCGCAUAUAUUUGCUUAUCAAGAGCAUUUAAAUGAGCUGCUAUUCACCGUUUUGUCUGCACUGGAUGUACAAAAUCUUAAUAACUCUGGUGAUUGUCGUCAAACUUUUUUUUUAGCUCAAGCUUUGCCUAGUGCAGUAUCUGAUAGCGAUACUCUUUAUGGUUAUGCAUUCCUUCUAGUGAAAAAUUUACGCCCCCAGUUAUCCCCAGACACCUCUUCCGAUUUAUGUAGACGAUUUUGUUCGCUAUAUACAAUAGUACAAGAAAUUUUUGAUCAAAUUACUUUUAUGCAAAUGAAUUUUGGAAAUCUGUUGGAUUUACCUAAAUUUACAACCACACUAUGUUUAGAUAUGCCUAAACUAACUUUGCAAGAACCUACAGCUCCUUCAUUAAUGGAUUGCUAA